GAAGGCUGCACUACAAGCCCCAGCAUGCUCUGCGGCCGAGGAAGCGGCCAACAUGGCGGCGGCCAGGGAAAGUUGCAGCAGCGAGGAGGAGGAGGCGGCGGCUGAGGCUCAGAGGCGAUUUCGAGAGGCCGCAUCCUGGGCCCCGGAAGGUGCAUUUCAGACAAGCCGGCUGCCAUCAGCUGAACCUAGCAUCAGAAGGAUGGCCGAGGAUCAUGGGCAGGAUGGGAAUGAACUGCAGACCACCCCAGAAUUCCGAGCACACGUUGCAAAGAAGCUGGGAGCCAUCCUGGAUGGGUAUUUGCAAAGCUCGAUUACCAUCUUGGAGCAAACCCCAGGACCUCUACAGACCUCGACGGGCGCCUUGGAGGCAGAAGAUGACGGCUUCCGCCUCUUUUCCUCCUCUGUCCCAGGAGACUGUGGCAAGCCAGACCCUUCGCCCCUCAGAAGGAGACGGCUGCAGCAAUCCAGCUCCAGUGAGCUGGACAGCGACCAAGAACUGGAGAGGUGCCGAGAGGCGGCUGUGUCUGCAGCAGAUAUCCAGAAGCUCAGUGGCUUUGUGACCCCACUCCAGGGUUCCAGCCAGGGCCGUGAGUGCCAGGCCACAGAGCCCCGCCAGAGGAAGAGGAGGAAGAAGAAGAGGAAGAAGACGGCCCAAGCAAAUGAAGAGGACGGCAGUGAGCACAAUGUCAUGGGAACAAGGCCUCUCAGCCAGGCCGAGGAUGGGACAGAGAAGUCCUCGUGCAUCAAUGGGGUGUGUAAGAAUGAAGAGGGCACAGAGAGGGCGGGUGACAAGCUCUCGGGACAGGUCACAAGAAGGAAGAAGAAGAAGAAAAAGCAUGUGGAAGAAAGGACAGAAUGAGGGGUUGCUCUUAAUGGAGGAAAUGCAACCAUUGGGUUUUGUAUUAUUUUGGAAUCUACGGGUUGUGGAGUUAAUUGGACUGUCCCUGCUGAGGAGGCGCAGCCUGCCGUGACUCUCUCCAUGUGGCCGAGAACAGCUGCCUGUCGGACAGUUUGUUCCGCAUGGAAGGAAUCUGCCUUCUGCGCAGAGUUUUGAAGAAUAAGACAUCCGUGAAUGAC